UUCUAUUUUCCAACCGCGCUGAAUGCAGCGUAUCACGUGACGCUAGCUGAACCCACAGUGGAGGUACGUCAACAAACAUGGCGGUGUGUAUAGCUGUCAUCGCUAAGGAGAACUACCCGCUGUAUAUCCGUAAUGUUCCCACACAAAAUGAGCUUAAGUUUCACUACACAGUGCACACUUCACUGGAUGUGGUAGAGGAGAAGAUUUCAGCUGUGGGUAAAUCCCUGGCAGACCAGAGAGAGCUGUACCUGGGUCUGUUGUAUCCGACGGAAGACUACAAAGUAUAUGGUUAUGUGACCAAUUCCAAGGUGAAAUUUGUCAUUGUUGUGGAUUCUUCAAACACAUCGUUGCGGGACAAUGAAAUCAGAAGCAUGUUCAGAAAAUUGCACAACUCCUUUACUGAUGUCAUGUGCAACCCAUUCCACAACCCUGGAGACCAAAUCCAGUCUAAGGCCUUUGAUGGAAUCGUAUCAGGGAUGAUGAUGCAAACCGGCUGAUGUCAAGAUCAAAUUACUUGUCGUUAUUCUGUAUUGCUUUUGUUCAAGUGUUACGUUUCAUUUUUGAAAGAAUUACUGUAAUAAAACUUGCUCAGCACUACAUGUGUCCAUUAAG